GCUGGUAGUGGUGGUGGUGGUGGUGGUUUGAAGCUGUUAGUAGGGUCAGCCAUCAAGCAAGGAGUCACGGAAGCUCGGGCCCGAAUCUUUGGCCACCAGCUGAACCCAACGGGCCAGAAAUCGGCCCACAAGAUUCUCCGUCAAAAGCUCUUCGGCGAGAAGGUAGCGCAAUGGUACCCUUACGACAUCAAAAAGGAUGACCCUCUGGUCAUGGCUCGUCAAGAACAAGAGCGUUUAUCAAAACUUGAAAUGUUGAAGCGACGUGGCAAAGGACCACCAAAGAAGGGCCAAGGCAGGCGUGCAGCCAAACGCAACAAAUAAACUGCAGUUUACUUGUGGCUGGAAUCAUCACACACCGUUUACUGUUUCGGGUUAGACAACUACCUUUUGAUGUAUAAACUUUUAAUUUGAUUUCUUAAAUUAUAGAACUUGUCUUGCCUUUGUCCUCAAUGUGAAAUCUCUAUAGAAAGUGGAAGACGUUAACCUAAUAAUCAUUGCAUAUUUGUCCUUGUGCUAAUUAACUAUCCACAUCUUGAUUCAGUUUAUCUUGGAUGUUGGCUUUGAAUGCAAUCACGAUGUAUAAGCUACCUUAUGUUACUCUCUUCUUUUUUCAUACGGUGGAUCACAUAAUUUAUA